GAUAGGAAUAAGGGAAUAGCGAUAGCGAUAAGCAAUCCAAUAAGAACACUGCUUUUUCGAAAAAGUAGAUCUUUCAUUGGAUCAUUUCGUUUAUCGCUAUCGCUAUUCCUUUGUUCCUAUCAUUAUCGCUUCGCAUUGUGCAAGGGCCUUAAGAAUCCCCUUAACCUUCUUUUAUAUAACCUUAUCACAACUGACAGAAAAGUGCUCUCUAUCGGCACGAAAUGGAAUUCCAACGAUCAUAAGUAGUCGAUCAAGUCGAUGCAUUAGGAAGCACGCGUGCAGCAUUUAUAAAAUCGUGCUUACAAGCCGUCGAAGAUGUCGUCGACGUUGAUCUAAUACCAAUCGGCAGAUCGUCAAUCAUGUCCCUGUGCUUUCGCGCAUUACCCGGUAGAUUGUCGUUGCUUGUUGGCGGUCGAAAACCUCUGUCAAGGAUCGAUCGUCAUCGGCUUCGCGAAUACGUCGAGUCGUCUGCAUCUCUAAAACAGUUUUUGGAUACACAGAGAGCAUUAUCAGUAAGAGCAAACGCUAUAGGCAAACCAUCGAUACCUUAUGUAAGUUUUACAUUGCAUCCAAAUUUAUCGCUAGCUUCUCUUGAUACUUGUAAUCAAUGGAAUAAGAAACUGAAUAGGCGGUAUGUCGAUGAUGAGACUAAGAGCGAGAUGACAUAUUGGAACCAGAGUUUACAUAGGCUGCAUAAUAGAUCCCAAAGAGCCAGUGUUGUCUUCUCAAAAAGCAGAAAAUAUGUAACUCCAAUAGGAAUUGCAUCAGACAAUGUUACUGUGUUUCAGGGAAAAUACAUUGUAGGAAAUGAUAAGAAUAAUUCAUUUCUAGAUAAUAAUAUGAUUUCUUCAGAAAGCUUAUUUAAUAGUUGGGAAUCGGAUAUCGAUAAAAAUAUUUUAGUAACUUCUGAUGACAAAAACGUUUUAAAAACAAGUCACCAAUCACCACCAUUACAAGAUAACAAGGAUAAACCAUCGCAGGAACAACUGCAAUGCAUAGUUGAUACUCUUAGCCGAGAUUUACCAAAUCUGUUUGUAAAACCUCUGAAUUAUUCAAUAUAUACUAAGGAUCUAAUUUUUAUUAAUAAUAUUAGAGGAGUGACGACAAGGGGAGUUGUAAAUUAUGCAAAACAAUUGAUAUUAUUAAGAGUCAUUGGUCAUAUAAAGUUUGCACAUGUCAAGCUUCAAAUUUUAAAGAUUACAAUGCAUAAUGAUGAUGGUACUGUAAAAAUUCGUUGGCGUAUACGAGGUGUUACAGGUUGGAAGGUGUUCGCCAUGUUUUGGAAAUAUAAAUUUUGGAAAAUACAAGAUGCUAUAGAUACUAAUCACGAAAUAUGGUAUGAUGGCUUUUCUACUUUUUAUAUUAAUGGCGAUGGGAAAGUCUACAAGCAUGUUGCAGAUAAAGUGAUGCCUGAUCAGGAUAUAGUUGCGAAAAAAGAUGACCUACGCAUUGCACCGAAAUUAGCACUAUUCAAAAGUUUCGCGAGUAUCUUUAACAACGCGACGAGAACGUCAUUGAAUUGAAUUCAGUUCAAAAUUGCAUGAAAUAAUUGUCCAGCAUUAAAAUUGAAUAAUUUUAUUGAAACUGUCACAACAAAUUGUAUCAAGAACGCUUUUUCACAAAUCGACGAUUCUUAGAAUAUAUGCAGGUGUAUUCCUUGCAAAUGUAUCAUUGCAUCACGAUGAUUGAUAGUAAAUAAGAGAUAUAUGAAUUAAAACAUGUAUAAAUAAACAAUAUCUUGUAUAAUUGUGAA